GUGAUCACACCACGCUCGGAGUCGCUGUUUCUUCUGCUUUCGAGGCUGAGCUUGCUGGUCUGGUGUUUGCACUUGCUGUAUGUCAGGCGAUUCCAUGCCCGGCAGCAGUGUUUUAUGACUGCUUGUCAGCGGGGCAGAUUGUAUCAGCCGAGGCAUCUGCCACCUCUCCGAAUGCCCUCACUGAAGCUGCUCUCUCGACUAAUCACCUGUUGUGGAUGCAAAACCGCCUGCCUGCAUUCCGACAUAUCAAAUCGCAUGAAGGGCAUCCGCUCAAUGAACUGGUUGAUUCCGUCGCCAAGCUCUCAGCCAAGCAAACUGCCCAGCCAGUCCCGGCUGAGUUAUACUGGGCAUCGCAAGAGCAUGCUUUGCCUUGGUUGUGGGCCGCAGCUGGUCUUCACUCGAGUUUGCCUCGCCCCAAUGAAGCUGGCAGUGUUUGCGACUCGGUGCCUACCGCUGAGGCUCCAGGUCCGGCCCUGAGUGACGUCUUGCCUUCUGCUCGCCCACCCGAAAAGGAGACGCCUCAAUUCCAUUUGCGAGCAGCAACUUACAACGCCAUGACGGCGGCCUCGCAGAUACAGAAGGAAAGCUUCGCGCGUCAGUUCCAGCAGGCAGGACUGCAUGCAAUUGGCCUGCAAGAAACACGUGUUGCGGAAUCGGGCAGAAAAAAGGUCGGAGCAUAUCAUGUGCUUUCCAGUCCGGCCUUAAAUGGAGAAGGAGGUUGCCAGGUCUGGCUAGCUGCGAACCUUCAGCUGGGAACCUGUGACUCCGGCCCAGUCCUUUGGGAGCCCUCCUCCUUUAGCAUCCUGAUUGCAGAGCCUCAGAUCAUGUUGGUCUUAGCCAGAGCCUGCGGUUGCUCUUUUGCUUUCUUGGUGGGGCAUGCGCCUAUCAAUAAAGCCCCGGUGCACAUCAAAGAACAGUGGUGGCAAGCCCUGUCAUCUGCCGUCAAGCGUGUGCCACCGAGAGCCACGCUCCUCCUCUGCCUCGAUGCGAACGCCAGGCUCGCUAAAGAGGGACAGCCCCACCCGGACAACGCGUUCUUCAUGCGGGGAUUCCUUACGGCUCAUAACCUCGUAUCCACCAGCGCGCUGGAUGAGCAGGGUGAAGAACUAGACACUUGGUACAGCCCUGCCGGAUUUUCAGUGUGCAUCGACUAUGUGUGCUUGCCCAGGGAGAUUGCGGGAGCUAUGGCGUCCCACCAGGCGCUCGCGCAUUUUGCAGGGCAGGUUGAGCAUGAUCACAGGACGGUCCAAAUUGAGCUCCAUUUGCAACGCACCGGCGCCAGGGCGCCUUCUAGGCUCAGUCUCGAUGCGAACUUCCUGCGCACGCAGGAUGGGCAACAGGCUUUGCAGGAUAUCUACAAGCGCAUGCCACCCGUACCCUGGCAUACCGAUGUUGACACACACCUCGGUUUGAUCAAUUCUUUCCUGCAGACAGAGUUGGGACGCCUUUGCCCCUCCAAGGCAGCCAAACCCCGCUCGCCAGUCAUCUCCGCUGCAUCUUGGGAGUUGAUUAGACGACACACUCAUGACCCAGACUGCGAGCUUGAGAGGCAGUACACUGCCUUUCUUGUACUUCAAGAUGCGUUCGCCGAGGCGAGAACGCAGGGGCCUGAGGCCCUGGCAUCCUUGCUCAGGCAUGUCAUGAAGUCGGGUCGCAGAUUCAAGCCGCCUUCUUUAGCUCCGGCCAUCUGGAAUACCGAGAGGGAGACAUUCAUUGAUGGCGACAGAGCAUUGGGGGAUCACUUUGCCAAAGCUGAGAGAGCAGAUCUCGUUGCCCCAGAGGAUAUCACGACUGUGUCCGCGCAGUACGCUCCGCAAGCCCUUGAGAUGGCUUCUGCGGUCUCGGUCGCAUCCCUGGCCCACUCUUUCAAGCAACUUGCUCACCGAAAAAGCCCAGGUCUUACCGGCCUGCCCGCGGAAGCCUAUAGCCAAGCUGCUGUUGCAGCUGCCUCCUGCCACGCCCCGCUUGUCCUCAAAAUUGCCCUGAGGGGACAAGUUCCGAUUUUGUGGAGGGGAGGCGAAGUGGCUGCCAUUGCCAAGCCUCAGAAGAGCCCACAUUCGGUCGAGGGGUGGCGAUCGAUUCUUCUCAUGGAGGCAGCGGCGAAAGGUGUGGGCAGAGCACUACGCCCAGCCCUGUUAAAGGGUUACCAGCAACUCAAGCACCCAGGUCAAGGCGGCAGCGCUUUGCGCGCAGACUUCGCGCUGCCGGCAACUGGGGGUGUGCUCUUUCUAGACGGCAAGCAGGCGUUCUACGCCACGUUGAGGCAGGCGCUAGUGGGAAUUGAAGCCGGGUCUGCCACCGAGGCCAUUGAAGCUUUGGCUGAGCGCUUCUUCUCCGAACCGCAGGACAAACUAGACUUUGUGGCGGCUGCGGUCGGCCCUGGACUCCUUCAGGCCUCUGGUGUGCCUGAAAUAGUACGUCGCAUUGCAGUGGCCUCACUGCAACGCACGUGGUAUGUUCAUGGCAAGGCCACCAGGUGGACAUACGAGACGUUUUCAGGCACAACUCCCGGAGCGCCUCUCACUGACCUUUAUUUUCAGUUUUUGAUGACAUUGGUCUUUGAGCGAGUGCAAGCGCGUAUCCAGGAGGAGUACAUAGAGCCAUGGUGUCCAUGCUCUUCCGGAGGGCAAACUUUCCGCAUGUUGGCACCAUCAUGGAUGGAUGACUGGGCAUUACCCUUGGUGCCACCUUCGGCUGAUAACCUGAUCCCACAGGCCAAAACCUUGGUUUCUAUCGUUGACUCGGCUCUACAUUCCGUUGGGAUAGAAGUCAACUAUGCGCCCGGAAAGACAGAGCUUGUGCCCAUACUGGCAGGCAAAGGCAGCAAGACGACCAGACAGGCACUCUUUCAAGACAACGAUGUCUUUUACGUGGCCUUAGCAAGUGGCGUGGCGCAUGUGCGUAUCGUGCCCAGCUAUGAGCACCUCGGCUCUGUCGUGACUUGGGAUGCCGCCGACAGGCAAGACCUGCAACAUCGACGGUUUUUAGCUCGUACGCUGCUCAAGUCCAUGCGACGCAUCCUCUCCAACAAAUUCCUCACAGAACGUGAAAGAGCCGAUUUGUUGGUCAGUAUGCCACUGGCGAGGCUUCGACACGCAGCGGGAUUGUGGGCAUUCGCAUCCAUGCGAGAUUUCGCCGCAUAUGAGACGGCCUAUAUGGAGCUACUUCGUCGCAGCUUCCGGGCCAUCACAGGCAUUUCUGCCCGGGGCCGUACCGAUGCGGAAAUAUGCCAGGGACUUGGUGUGCUCACAGCUCGGCAGGCCCGAAACGCGGACCUGGUGCGACAUGCUUCAUGGUUGCUGACCUGCGAGGAAGCGGCAAUGGAUCAACUUUGGUUCCAGGGGGGAGUCUGGCUGCAGAACCUACAGGAUGCUAUGGCGGCUGUAGGUAAACAGCUGCAGAUGCCCACCAUCGAGUUGGCCGCUCUUCGUGCUUGUCCCUCGGCGGCCCAGUCAUGGGUCAGACGUUACACCAGGUCGUGCCGACAAGAGCAGGAGCUCUCCAGACAGCGCCUGCUCCCGACGUGGCAGGGGCAGCAACUCGCGCAGGACCGUGGAUGGAUCUUUGUUCAUAUUGAUUUGUCCCAGAAGGAUGCAGUUAAGGCCCACAUGUGCUCUAUUUGCGAGAGGGCUUUUGCCACCGCCGCCGCUUGUCAAGCACAUGUGCGAAAAGUACACAAAAUGCUCUCAAAGGCCACCCUUGCCACCUUUGGCACUCGCUGCGAAAGCUGUUCAAAGGAGUAUUGGACGGCCACGCGGCUUCGAGAGCACUUUAGAACGCAUCCUUUCUGUCGACAGGUUGCCAUACAGUCAGACAUUUCGCCCGCCAAUGUCUGUUUCCGGUCCGAGCCCAAGUCUUGGAAGCCGGCCAUUACGGUGCCCGGACCGCGGCCGUGGUGGGCUACGCAGAGGCCCUUGCUGGAUGAAGGUGAUCACGUGCCGGUGGUCACUUCUGGGUGGGGCUUGUUGCAAGGAGUUUUGAAGCGAGGCUCAGGUGACGAUAUGCAUGGGUUUGUGCUUUCGGCCCUGAAGGUUGCAGUACAGUAUGAUCUCACUAUGGAAGACGCACCACUCGCUUUGCUUACCACUCGACAUGGAGCCUUGCUGCAGAGUAUCCUCUUUGCGGCGGAACACAUGCAGGCUGGUUCCAGCGGUAAGCUAGUUUCGGCGCCUUGGCUUGUCACAGUCAGCCAAGAUCGCGCCAUUUUUGUUCCGCUUGGCGGAAAUAUGCAGGUUGUCUUGCCAUCCGAAUGGGAUUGCUGCCGAGCCCUGCUAUAG